UACAUUCUCUUCUUUGGGAAAAACUAUCAGGUUUUGCUAUAAACAUGACUUGUGAGAUUGCAAACGCCUAUAUGUAAAGUGCUCCUCGCGUGUCUUUAAACAUCCGGACAAGGAAAUUACUGGCACAAGUUCAAAUGAAUCGCUUGAAGGUUGCAACUCGGUAAAUGGUUAAGAUGCAAAAGAAUUGCCAACACAAUCUUUCUUAACCUCUCUUAGAAAUAAUAAGGGUUUACGUAUUGCUAAAAUUACACCAAUACAUCAGCAACUUAAAUUGUUGCCUUGCCGUUUAAAAUUUUUAACUUGUUCCACAGUUGGUUCUGUUUGUUGUAUGUCUUCGGUUUGAUUUCUUUGUGGUAUCUCAGAACUUGUUUGACUUAGCUAAAAAGAUAUCUCAGAAUUUUUUGAUUUAAUCCUUCACUGGAAAAAUCAAACUCUCCAAGGAAUAGCAGCAGAGCUAUAUUUUUUGUUAUUUUUAUAACUAGCUAACGGUUGUUAACAUAUUUUUUGUUGUAUUUUUAUUUUGUAGUCGGCCUUUUGACGUGCAUAUCUCAUAAAUCGAGAAUGAGCACCAGUUCUUCUAAUGAUGGGCGAUCCUGCAGUUUUUAUACAUCGAGCAUAAGCACCUAUUCCUCUCAUGGUGGACGAUCAUGGAGUAGUGAACAAGGGUUCAACACUUGUGCUUACAACCUUUUUCUUUCUAAAAAAAACCCUAUGGAUGAAAAUCAGCACGAGGAUGAUAUUCAUCAUGAGGACACUUAUGAGAAAAUAAAUCAUUAUGAAGAUGAUGAAUUCGAAGAACAUACUGACGACGAUAAUCGUUAUGAGGAUGAUGAUUCUGAAGAAGACUCUUCACUUGUUGAAUGUGAUGGGAAAUCGUAUUUGGUUAUAAAAAGUUCCGGAACUCACCAAGCAGAUUUGGUUCAGACGUCGAAGCAAGAGCCGAGAACUCCAUUUGAAAAAUUCAAGAUAAUUUGGCAACAAUUGCGAGACCACUUUAGCAAGACGCCACAAGUACUGUCCAUAAAAUGCAUAUAUGUAGGCUCCGAAAACAUUAUUUUCAGAUCCAACAAUACCAUUGACCCUAAUUCCAUGUACUGGAUAAGUACAGAUGGUUACUAUAGAAAGGAAGGACCUACCGCCGGAUAUGGAGCUAUUGUACGAGAUGGCGCUGGUAACCCGAUUGUUGCUUGUUCCGGGAUUUCUACUCCCUCCUCACUGCUUUAUCACCAGUUGGAGGGAGUCAGGGCAAGCUUAGAACUUGCUAAAAAGAAGGGAAUUCGUAAGAUAGUAAUGUGUUGCAACUCAGAGCGGACCCGUGAAGUCACUAUCAGAUUCUUGGACGAAGAUUUACACUGUCCUCAUGGUUUUGGCGAUGAUAAAAAUGUCAUAUGCAUGGCUUGUGUGAAGGUGUUCUUUCUUCAUACCCAGAUCGAUCAUGCUAGUUUGUUUCCUCUCUUGAAUAAUAUCAGAGAGUUGAGUUUUGGGUUUGAAUACAGUUUUCAGAUCAAUGCAGUUGGAAGGAGACUCAAUCGAGCUGCGGAUUAUCUUGCAAAGCACAUAAAAAAUGCUGAGUUUGAAGCUCCUGAAUUUCCAAUAGAUUUGCAGAAAAUUCUCUUGGAAGAUGCUCGUGGAAGGUCCUUGAAUGGGCUUCCUUUUUCUUCACAGGGGUUUUGUUUUAGGAAACGAGGAUCUGAGUGUACUGGGGAAAACAAGAAUGUCGAGAUCGUUGUAUUACAUUAA